UCUGUCCAACAAUAAAAGGAGAAAAAAGAAAAGAAAAAGAAAAAAAAGAGCGCCCUUGGGGUAGAGGACGCCGAGAAAGGGUGGCGUAAAAGUGAAGAAAAAUGAGCGCCAGUUCAACGAUUGCGAAGAAAGUGAAGGAAGAAGAAGCAGCAACUGGAGAAGACGAGGACAGCAGAGCGGAGCAAGAAGAGGCAUUGGUGGCUUUGAUCGAACACCGCACCAAAGAAGUCGAACAACUCCGCCAACGUAUCUCCUAUUACAAUUCUCAGCUUCAUCAAGCAGAGAAGCGGCUGCAAGAUUCACAAUCUAAAUUGACUCGCCUUCGGGAGCGACAUAACAGGGCAUCAUCUGGUGGUUCUCUGGCAAAUGGAACGAAAAAUGUAAAGGUGGAGCCUAGGUCAACCAGUCCUGAGCAUAUCAAUGGAGGUUUUAGAAACCAACCUCAGUCAAGAACUGAACUUGUAAUCCCUUCUGUGAACCCAAGGAAUGCCCAACCUGUAAAAUCAGCAGGGUCAGGUGCAAACAGUGCCACUGUUUCUGGUCUUGAAGCAAGUGCUGCUUCUAAUAGGGCUGUCAAAGCUAAAGCAGAGAAAUCUCAUAGAAGUUCUACCGAUGUGCAAGCUGUUGAAACUAAAGAUAAAGGAACGAAAAGGAAGUUUGAACAAAAAGAACACAAAGAAUUGAUUCCCUUGGUACGAAGCAGUUCUUCACCAAACACAAUUCGCUAUACAAGCACUCAGAUCUCUAGUCAGCACAAAAGAAAGUUAAGAAGUCUUGCUGUAUGUCCGGUGAAUGAUCAGCUUUUUGUGACCAGUGCUUUGGAUGGAUUAGUCAGCUUGUGGCAACUUCAGGCUAGAGGGUCAUCAGCCUCUUUGCUUAGUACCACAGAUUGUGCAUCCUCAAGAGAGAGAAGAUGGCCAGAAGAUAUAGCCUGGCAUCCACACGGAAACAGUCUUUUUUCUGUAUACACUGCCGAUGCUGGGGAUUCCCAGAUAUCAGUACUAAAUCUUAACAAAACACAAGGGAGAGCCCGUGUAACUUUCCUAGAGAAUAAGCCUCAUGUUAAAGGUAUCAUCAACAGCAUAAUAUUCAUGCCCUGGGAAAAUACCUGUUUUGUCACUGGUGGCAGCGAUCAUGCAGUGGUGCUUUGGGAUGAGAGAGACGAGAAUGUAUGGAAGCCAAAGUCCUUGCAUAGGAAUCUGCAUUCUUCUGCUGUCAUGGGAGUUGCAGGGAUGCAGCAAAAGCAGAUUGUAUUAUCUGCUGGAUUAGACAAAAGAAUUAUUGGGUUUGACGUGCAUGUGGGAAGAGCAGACUUCAAGCAUCAACUGGAAAGUAAAUGCAUGAGUGUUCUGCCAAAUCCUUGCGACUUCAAUCUAUUCAUGGUUCAAGCUGGGGCCCACGAGAGGCAGCUGCGGCUCUAUGAUAUAAGAUUAAGGCAGACAGAACUGCAUUCUUUUGGGUGGAAGCAAGAAAGCAGUGAUUCCCUAUCAGCACUGAUAAAUCAAGCUUGGUCUCCGGAUGGUUUAUACCUCUCAUCGGGUUCAGCUGACCCUGUUAUCCAUAUUUUUGAUAUUAGGUACAAUGCUCACAAGCCAUCCCAGUCAAUAAGAGCUCAUCAGAAACGAGUUUUCAAAGCUGUAUGGCAUUACUCUAUCCCACUUCUCAUAUCCAUAUCUUCAGAUCUACAUAUUGGACUGCACAAGCUGUAGAAGUUUUGUCCUGGUAGCUUACAGCUUCAUUAUUUCCACGAGAGAAACUUGUUCCUUUCCUCUCAAUUUUGAUCUGAUGCUCCUCAAUCCUCAUUUUGCUUUGGAGCUGGAGGUUGGCAACUUGUUUGAAAACCGGAAUUGGUCAGUGAGCAGUUUUUGAUCAUCAAGCAAAACCUUGCCAGUAUCGAUGAUGAGAAACCAGUAGUCGAUCCAAAUCACAUUGUACUCACUUCCAUUAUAUCAAAAUCUCUUUUCUUAUUGAAAACAUGGCACAAGGUUUUUCAAUAUUUUGGGUGUAUCCCAUAUGGUUUUAUAUUAUGGGUGUUAUUUGCAUGCAAAAUUAUUCGCUGAA